GUAAAUGCCGUUUUUUGCCUUUUUUUUUUUAUUUCACACCUUUUUGUGAAUCCCAAAAUGCUGUGCUGCUGUUUGGACUCAAAUCUCCGACAACCAAAUCCGGACCGCAUCACCGAACACCGGAUUUGGGAACCCGAGGCGGAAGAUGGUGGAGGGAUGGCCUCUUUGGGUGGGAGCUGCGGCUGGAUAGGGAUGAGGGGAGAGGGGAAAGCAAGACCAAGGCAGUAGCGAGAUUUUGUGAAGCAUCCAUACCAUCCAACGUCAUCCCUCUUUCAUCCUUACACAUCUAUCAUGGCUGCUUCAAAAACUGGUAUUGCAGUUGGUCUUAACAAAGGUCACAUCGUCACUCGCCGUGAAUUGAAGCCUACCAUUUCUUACAAGAAGGGUGCUGCUUCCAAGCGUACCACUUUUGUCAAGAGCAUUGUCCGUGAAGUUGCUGGCUUUGCUCCUUAUGAACGUCGCGUUAUGGAAUUGAUCAAGAACUCCAAGGACAAGCGUGCCAAGAAGCUUACCAAGAAGAGACUCGGUACUUUUCUCCGUGCCAAGAAGAAGAUUGACGAACUCCAAGCUGUCAUUGCUGAAUCUCGCCGUCAUUAAA